AUGAGCGGCUGGCAUGAAGGCGUCGCCGAUCGAUUGCCUGCGGCUGCUUGGCAGUUCCGUGGAGAGCCGAGCUCACUCGUGUACCCCGAGAAAGGGCCCAUGCUCGUCCUCGUUCCACUCUUUUUCCUCACAGUCAAUGCAUUCAAUCUAGAGACGGUAAGCUCUGAUUAAAUUUUCCAGGAUACUUAUAUCAUUGUUAUACUUCAUUCACCGCUGGCUUGGGACUAAAAUGAUCCAAAUGUGACAAAGCGUUUUAUUCUUGAACACUGUUGGUUAAUAUUUUCAAGACCUUUGAUAAUUUUUCGGGAUUUCUGAAAUCGCUCAAACGCAGAAACAAAAAGAUCCCCGAAGAAACACAGAAAAUUCGUUGGAUUUGAUCGAAACACGAUCGGUCAGAAACCGGGCGUUCCACAUGAGGUAAAAAAACUCAUGAACUAAUGUCGAAAUUAUUUGGUCUUGUAAAAAAGAAGAGCUCUCUCGGAAUUUGGCGUUGUUUCCAGCCCGACAUGAUGUUGCCUUCGCGCGACAUCAUCGAAUUGAUCAGCCGCGACGCCGAAAACGUCCCUGAUCUUUCCAUGUUUGGCGCCAAACACAUUUCUGGUCAGUAAACCUACUUUUGUUUUAUUUUUUUAAUAUUCGAGUGAGUUUUUCAGGGGGAGCCGGGGAAGGAUCUCAAAAAUUGCAAGGCGAAGAAGAAUAUCGCGAGCGGCAAGAGGUUUUUAUAUUCGAAAUUUCAUUCGUAAAAGAAUAUGAUCAGGUUCAGAAAGCUCGCAUUGCUCGAAUUUUAUGAUCCCGGUGAAAAAUUGAAAUUUUUUAGCUAUCGAAAACAAUGCUUUGUUCUAUAGUUCGUUUCUUGAGACUUGAAAGGGCGGGAUUUCUGUGCGCCCUCCUCUUUUCUAGAGACCCACUUAUAUUACCGUGUCUCUGAUCUUGCCGGUGAGGGAACCGAGAGACGCGGACACUCCAAAACUCGCGGUCGCGGUGGACGAACUAUAGCUUGAGUUGAAGAAAAGCUUAAUCCCACUUUGGCCUGUAAAAAAAAUAAAUACACGCUUUUUUUUCUUUUUCUUGAGCUUUAAUUAUAGCUCUAGCUGUUUUAAAGAGUUUUAUUCUUUAGUUUUGGGGAGAUGAAGAAUUUUUCAGGUGAAGUCAGACGCCGUUCUGCCGGCUUACUGUGAGCCUCCGAACCCGUGCCCAGUCGGUUACACCAAGGAAGACGGCUGUCUGGACGAGUUCGAAAACAGGUCGGGCAUCAGUUGUGAAUCUUCUCUUACAAUCGAAGAUGACUUUUAUAGUUUUCACUGGUUGUAAUUAUUUUAAUAACUAUCUCUUCAAAAGGUAAUAUAGUGAAACCUACAGUAUUAAAAAAAAUUUUUGAGUUUGGUUCAGAAAUAAUUUUUUGUAGCUUUUGUGAACGCAGAAAAGACGCAUGAUCUAGAAUAACACUGUUCACUGGUUUUCGUCUCGACAUUUUAAUGAAAUUCGUACGACCCUUCAAAUAAUUAAGCCAGAUUUCGAAUGGAACAUCUUGUAGAAAAUGUGCUUUUGAGUAAAGUUCUGAACGAAGAAAAAAAAGAACUUUUAUCAUUUUUCAACCGGUUAUGAAUUUUUUUACGACUUUGUCGAUUUUCUCAAUAAAUCAAAAAUAUCGCAUUGAUUUCGCGUGAGAAAAAUGUGGAAAAAACUUGCAAACGAACUCACUUUCAAACUUCAGUUCGAUCACUACCCUAAGCAUUUAAAAAGUUGACUGUUCAUCCUAUCAUUACACGAGUUUUCCAUAUCUACUCCGCAAGACUCAAAGGAUAUAUAGUUUUACUUGCAUUCUCCUGUUCUAGAUCCGAGUGACUUCAUUAGGGUUCACUCGGGUCUGUUAAUAAAAAGAUUAUUAUUAAACGUAGUGAAAUUUUUCAUGAUUUUUCCGAGAUUGAUAGGAAAUUUUUAUGGAUAUAUUUUUGAUAAAUAAUUUCAGUAGCGUUUUGGGAGAAAGAGAACUGAAAAAAUUUUAUUUCUAAAUGGCGGAAAAUCUUCAAAAGCAUUGUUUCAGCGCAGAGUUCUCGCGCAAUUAUCAGGCCGAUCAGCACUGCAUCUGCGAUCAGGAGCAUAUGUUCAAGUUCGUUUGUUUUAUUUGAUCAAUAAUUAGGACUCAGUCAAAUUCUCCAUCAGCCGUUUAUAGGUACAAUUUCUCUCUGUUCGGCGACGAGCUCUUACAAAGAAAGAAACUAUAGUUUCACGCGAUGAACGAUGUUUGUUUUAGUUGCGCCGAGAAAGAAGCUGCCAGCGUCGGCGAGACGUUGGAGCAGAUGCUCGAAGACAACGGAAUCCACCGUUCGACCAUGGCCAAGAAGUUCCACGAAAAACGGAGCAGCGACGAGGUUGAAGCUCUCCUGUUACUCUGGCUCGAUGAGCAUUCUUUUCAGUAUGUUCCUCGACGCAAGAGAUCCGCAGGCUUCCAGCACAAAACGAAUCCGUACCUCCAGGGGACGCCUUUGCGCUCCAUGCAGAAGAAGGACGGUCGUCAUGCGUGGUAA